AUGAAGCUCCGGCAUCUUCUCUCGCGCCAAUACACGGAAGAGUCUUCCCCAGGACGAUCACAGGUACUUCCAGUGCUCAAGUCUCCCCUAGAAGAGCAACAAAGAGAUUUCCAAUUUAUCGACUCCGUCCCAGACACCGAUCCAAAGAGCGUGUGGGACUCGGAGAAUGGAAUCAUUCAGACCAUUCCGCCUUCUGGAACCGACAACUCCAGCAUACCGAAGGGGAAUCAUCAAGCGAAACAAAUCAAGCUCCCUUCAUCCACAGCUAAACAUUUGCCUGGAGACGAGCCCAAAUUCCGCGUCCACCAUGAAUCGUCCAGCAUCGAACUCUUCUACGACCUGUUUUUUGUGGCAAAUUUGGCAACGUUCACCAGCAAUCACCCCAUUGACGACUCAGAUUCAUUGGCCAGUUACAUGGGAUUCUUUACGCUUCUGUGGUUCACUUGGUUCCAAACCAGCUUGUACGAUGUACGGUUCUCAAUCGACUCCCUCUUUUCCCGGGUAUGUAAGGCGCUGCACUUUGGAGUGAUGACUGGAUUCGCAAUCGUGGGGCCUGUUUUCCACUCAGGUCAAGAGGACGAAAACAGCCGAGCUUUCAGAUCACUCAGCAUCAUCCUCAUGGUCUCUCGUCUGAUCCUCGCCUUUCAAUAUUGUACCGUGCUCUGGUUUGUCAGGAGUUACAAACGAACAGUCCUGCCCGUGGCACUCACGGUCGGGAUUUUAUCUACAACAGGUGCAAUAUUUCUCGGGAUAACCUUUGCCUUUGGGCCCAACCGUGGAAGCCACGCUCAGGGCGGAUGGUAUGUGCUCUCGGUGAUGGAAGCAUUAUCGGUCCUGGCAGUAUCCAGUCAAUGGCGGAUCUUGAGUUUCAAACACACUCACUUGGUGGAACGAGUCGGUUCUUUUGACACUCAUUAUCCUCGGAGAAGCUCAAUCGGCAUGGUCGUUUGCUCAGUCCUUAUCAUCUACUUCCUCUACAUGCUCUAUUUUGAUCAGAUCGACCACGAUCGCUUUGGAACAGUUCGUCAACAAGUAUGGGCGGUCUUGCAUUUUCCAUUGCACGUUGGCAUGCUCCUCACGGUUGAAGGUAGCUCCGAGCUCAUCUUGUUUCGACUCGGGGUCGAACUAUCCCAUUGGUUGACGGCCAAAGUCCAGAAUGCCUUGGAAAUGGCGGCGGAUGGAGACCAACUCAUACAAAGUCUCAACGACACACUUGAUCAAGUGCCCAGCCGCUUCACCAAAGUGGCGCCGGUCGACUAUGAUGAAUUUUUCAAGGAGCUUCAGUCUGUCAACAUUACCAACAACUCUGCCAAUAGCACCCUAGAUCAGGCGUUAUCCAUCAUCGACGUGACGUUGUCCAACACAUACGCAUGGAUCUUCGAUAAUCUGGACAUCGAAGUUCCCGAUAGGGAAGCCAAAAGCACAGUCACCGGAGGAGAAAAAUUAAGCGCUAUUGGAGCUGUUUUCGGCAUCGUAUUUGUCUACUUCUUUAUUUCUGCGGGAUGCACCAUGGCGCUCUUGUCAUUGAUGCACUACUUUGGCACAACACACAAGACCCGCCACGAAAUCAUCAGCAUUGGAGGUCGGUUCGCCGUUGGAACUGGACUGGCGCUCCUGGCGACGAUGACUGUUGCUGCGGAUAUGAGACCCUUCAGCGCAUUCUUCCUCAGUGCAUGGAUCCUUCCGACCGUCACGCUAUGCUACGGAUUUGUCAUCUUGUUAGACAAGCUGUUGGUUUGGGCUAAAGACCGCCGUCUUGAGGACGACACGGUCGAUUACGCUCUUAGCCAUUGA